AUGGUUCUUGCUGAGAGCAAAAAGUUGAGUAUUCAAAAAUAUCUGCGCUUGAUUAGUCAUCGAAACGUCCGAGUAGCCGCGCCACCAGUCGCGCGGCCGCGUCAAAUACCUCAGCCAGAAUGCCUGCGAGAAGCGCAGUGUCUCUUCUGCCGCCGUGUGCAUCACUAUAUGCUGUGGGAAAACAUUAGAUGUCGUGCAGAGCCAAAUUUUCUGAGAAACAAGAAAAUCUUCAACACAAUCAAAUCGAACUCUAAGAGAUUCAGAGAACACUUCCUAAAGCGGAGAGAAAUUAUUGAGAAAGUGAUGUGGGGUGAAAAGAAACCCUUUACGACGUAUAGAUUGAGACAGCGCUAUCGGAAAGCAAGUGGUAGAGGACUGAACUAUGGGGCAAGAGCACGGUCCCCUCUAUUAUUACUCUACCUUAUCAUCAAAAACUUGGAAUGUGGAAAUCGAAAUGGCUUUGCGAGAUAUGGUAAUACUGAUGUAGAGUUCGAUGCCCACAGCAGUCGUCCUGAGCUUGCUUCAUUGUGGGGGGUUUCAAGGAGAGCUGCAGAAAUCCCUAUUUUUAGAAUAUCUCCACUGGAAGUUAUAAAUAGAACGUCUUUGCUUACUCUGGAAACUGAGCUAAUCGCGGCCUGCCUUUGCCAUCCUAAACGUGGAGAUACCUGGAGUAGGUUUUGA